AUGGAUCCUUCACAAGUUGACAUCCCGCCGCUCAAGGAUCUCACUAUUGACAACAUCACAGACAAUGUCAAACUCAUCAACUCGCAGUGCCCAAAUCCAAGGCUUAAAUACAUUCUCGAUCGUAUAGUCCAGCACCUGCAUGACUUUGCACGCGAAACGCGUCUUAGCCACGAGGAGUGGAUGACCGGAUUGCUGUUCUUGACAGCAGUUGGCCAGAUUUGCACAGAUGUUCGACAGGAAUUCAUCCUUCUCUCCGAUAUCCUCGGCCUCUCCCUCCUCGUCGACAGCAUCGAUCACCCGAAACCUUCGCACUCCACGGAAGGCACAGUCCUCGGGCCUUUCCACUCUCACGAAGCCGAGGCGGCUCCCAAUGGCUCUCAGAUCGCCCAUGAUCCUGACGGAGAGCCCUGCCUGGUGCUAUGCACUAUCAGAGACACGAACGGCAAGCCGGUCGAAGGCGUGAAGAUCGAUAUCUGGGAGACGGACAGCAAAGGCUUCUACGAUGUGCAGUAUCCGGGAAGAGAAGGUCCAGAUCAAAGAGCUGUGAUGCAUAGUGAUAAAGAGGGUGUGUUCUGGUUCAAGGCCAUCGUGCCUGUGCCGUAUCCUAUACCGCACGAUGGCCCGGUUGGCAAACUGCUGGUACAGUUGAAGAGGCAUUGUUAUAGGCCGAGCCACAUGCAUUUCAUGUUUGAGAAGAGUGGUUACGAUCAUUUGAUAACGGCACUUUACCUUCGAGGUGAUCCGUACGAGACAAGUGACGCUGUCUUUGGCGUGAAGGAGUCUUUGAUCAUCGACCUGAAGACCGUGGAUGAUGAGCACGUGAAGCAAUAUGGGGUCAAGCCUGGGUCGAAGCUGAUUACAUAUGACUUUGUGUUAGUCACCGAUGAUGAGUCGAAGCAAUUGAGAGAGAAGAAUGCUCUGGAGGCUACUAAGGCGUUGGGGUUGAAGAUGAAGUUGUGGAAUGGACUGCCCGUACCUGAUGUAGACUAG